AUGCAGAUUCAUAAUAAAAUAGAUAUAUUGCAACCUAUUCCCUAAAAGAGGAAAAUUAUUGGAGUUCCAUCAAUUAAAUAUAAUAAUGCCGAUCCCUUUAAUUAAAUUUUGAAAGCUGCUUCGGCACCAGCUACUUUAGAAUAAAUGGAAACCAUCAAGUAAGUCAAUAAAAAUAAAGAUUAUUCCAAAAAUCCUGUUUUCUUGAUAGAUUAUUCAAUUACAGAAAAUUAGAAAACUCUGUAAGAAUAACUUGAUGAAAUUGAUUGA